AUGCCCGAGGGCAUGCGAGGCUUCUAUCCUGGCAACCUGUCCAAUCUCUUCCUGGACAUCUACCUUCACACUCAAUGUCAUGUUCAAAUAUCUCGCGGCGAUGAGCACAAGGACGACAAAUUCACAGCUCUUGAGUUGUCUGGUACCCCAACGAGUAUCAAUAUGGCCAAGAAUAUUCUCAAUGAGACUGUACAGGUCGAGAGUGAUGACGAUCUGAAUGAUAAAGGCAGUUUGGGAAGCUACACUACCACGCCUACGCCUGUCGUCUCGGACGGAGUUUUGCCUCGCUCUGUCUGGAGUAUACCACGGGCAGCGUCAAAACCGCUGCAUGAGGUACAAGAGCCUGAGACCUGGUCAUUCAACGGAUUUGCUGCCUACGUCGAGGCCUUGGUCAACUCCACUGCCCCUCCCUCUCGACCCAAGUCAGUAGCACAGUCUCCAAAGACUGCGCCACACAUCGAUUCUGUCGCUGGAAAGUUAAUGGCACUAUACAAGACUCCCGAGUCUGUUCGCUGGGCUUCCAGUCGCGCUACAGUCCUGACCUUGCAAUAUCUGACCAUGAAAGGCAAAGUUCCGUUGGUACGCCUCCUCCUCGAGAUUAUUGAGGUGCAGUCUAAGAACCAUGUCUAUCUUCGUCUAGCACUCGCCAACCCAUCAGUCUACAAUGUGCUUUUGGGCUCGACAUCUCAAGCCUUGGACCUCCAUACUUACAACUUCCUCCUUCGCAUGAUGACGGACCGUGGUGUGACUCCUACAAUCGAGACAUGGACUUCUCUCCUUCAUCUGGUUCAGAAACUCGAGCCAUCCGUUGCCAGGCACAUCGUUAACACGAUGCGCACGCAAGGCAUGCUGGUUGCUCAGGCUGCCCGAGCUGCUGCCGCGAGUGUAACCCUCCGCAAAUCUGCUGAGAAGUGGUUGAGUAGAGACGAAUCCAUCUUCGAUUUCGUCGCUCACAACGACAAACUCUGGGACGGUAAGGAGUGGCUAGAACCGUUCGGUUGUAAUCAACUUCUCACCUUGCUGGUAAGCAGAGGAGAUGUACAAGACACAUUGCCUUUGGUCAAGGAGCUACAAAGUCGAAACAAACGACCCAAUCUUGUCACUGCGCAUAUUCUGAUCAACGCUGCAGCCUCUUAUCGCGAUUUGUCAUUCGCCAUGGAUGCCUUAGAAGCCACAAUUGGAAAGACCAAAGGUCUGCAACCAGACCGCCAAACUUUUGACAAGCUUUUCCAUCUGGCCUUCAGGCUACGCGCGUACAACACCCUGCGCGUCGUGUGGAGAUAUGCAUGUCUGAGCGGUAAUGUCUCU